GUUAGAAUAUAUUCCUUUUGUAUAUAUCCCUGUAAUAUCUCCUUUGAUUUGAUUUGUAUUUACAUAGUUUCCUUAUUUGUUAGCAUUACUCUUGUAUAAAUAGGAUCUCAAUGUAAUCAUUCUACUCACAGAAUAACACGUAUUCCUUCAUGGUAUCAGACUUCCUCCUUUGAUCCUUCAUUUUUUUUCCCUUCGUUGCUCUCUGCCAUGGCUGGUGAAUCAGUCCCUAAGCAGCUAAUUCAUCCAGCCCUCGCCAUUCACAAUAUAAAAUCCCUCAUUCCAAUUACUCUCGAUCUCAAGGCCGAUGAGUAUUCUUCUUGGGUUUUCUUGUUCCAUCUUCACCUUGAGGCUCACAAUCUCAUGUUACUGGUGGACGGCUCUGACCCUCCCAGCGGCAUCGAUGAGCCCACUCGGAAACAGCUGGAUGCACUCGUUCGUCAAUGGAUGUUUUCCACAAUGACAAAAGACCUGAUGCUCACAGUCCUCAAAUCCAGUACCACAGCUCAAGCUCUAUGGGAACGUCUCCGUACUCUGUUUCAAGACAAUAAGGGGACCCGGGCUGCCAUCUUGGAGUGACAGUUUGUUAAUCUCAAAUUCACGGACUGCAAAGGCGUGGAUGACUACUGUGAUCGGCUUAAUACUCUAUCCGACCGCCUUCGUGACCUUGAAUUUCCGAUGGACGAAAGACGACUGGUCAUCCAACUCAUUAAUGGUCUGCCUACAGAGUAUGACAAUGUAGCUUCCUCCAUCUCCCAGUCUAUGUCGAGUUUUGAGACCGCUCGCUCUCAGCUUCGAACCGAGGAACAGCGUCGAGCGCAGCAGUCCCUCACCCCUCCAACUGCUCUGGCCGUCUCGGAACCCCAGUCUGCUCGCGAUUCGACACCCUCUGCUAUGGUGGCUUCACAUCCUCAUCGUCAGGUGCGGGGUGCCGGGAAUCAUGGACGCCGGAGUUCCAGCCAUGAGACAGAUCGUAGGGAUCCGCAUCGCAGGGAUGUUUCUCGAGACCAGUUCGCCACUACUCCUCUUAUGCCUGGGCCGCCUGAAUAUCAACCCUGGCCUAUUGGGCCACCUUAUUGGGCUUUACCACCAUGCCCCUAUCCUACGGUUCCAGCCCCUUCCUAUUGGGCAGCUCCUACUCCCUAAUUUGGCUCAUUUGGCCCAAGUUCAUCUAGACCCCAUCCGCCGGCGGCCAAUACUCCAAAAAAUAAAAAUAUUGCACUCACUACGGAGACUUUGCAACCAAGUGAUAUUGCCGAGGCAUAUAGCUCUAAGACUUUAACUCAACCAUCUGAUGAUUCUUUUUAUAUGGAUACGGGAGCCACCUCACAUCUCACGACGGAUUCAGGACUUGAAUUCGGGGACCCUUGUUAUGAGAUGCAAUAGUUCCGGGGAGCUCUACCCUCUUACAAUAAGUGCUCAGUCACCUCGCCCUGUGUCUCACCCUCUCUCACUUGCUGUUGUGUCAACUGAUAUAUGGUAUAGUCGUCUUGGACAUCCUAGCGCUGCUAUCAUAGAUUCUUUACGUAGUCAAUCUUUAAUUAAUUGUAAUAAGGAGGCUACCUCCAAAUUGUGUCAUUCAUGCCAAAUUAGUAAACAUGUUCAGUUACCUUUCUAUCCAUCUGGCUCCAAUACCAUUG